AUGGAUUCUUAUUUUGUUUCCCUUGCUGCUGCUGCUGCAAUCAGCUUCUACGCCCUUUUUGUCUUUCUCAGCCACGUUGUCAAGGAGCUCAAGAGCAAGGGAAUCGACCUAUUCGUUGACAAUGAUAUCGAGAGAAGUAAGUCCAUCGGUCCUGAGCUCGUAGACGCUAUUAAAGGCUCGAGGAUUGCCAUUGUCUUGCUCUCGAUGAACUACGCCUCUUCCACAUGGUGCCUGAACGAGCUGGUGGAAAUCAUCAAGUGCAGACAAGAGUUUGGUCAAACAGUGAUGUCCAUUUUCUAUCAAGUGGAUCCAAGUGAUAUAAAGAAGCAGACUGGUCAAUUUGGGAAAGUCUUUAAAAAAACUUGUAAAGGAAAAACAGAGGAUGAGAUCAGAAGAUGGAAACGUGGAUGGUAUUCUAAGUGUUAA